UAUUUUUACGGACACUCCAUUCUUCCAGUACCUACAACGCAUCUGAAGUGAACUUAGUUUUUUAUCAGUCAUUCUUACGAACUCUAUUCUAAGUAGGUUAAUAGCGGUUUGAAGGUCAAUUGCAAUGAUCAAUUAAACACCGACAACUAGAACCGUUCCUCCAUGAACAAUUCUCUCUACUCCGUUUCUAUAAACACACAUUCAUCAAAAACUUAUUAAUUCAGACACAUCCUAUAAAUUAUCUCAACGAAAUAAAUAACGAUUGAAGUCGCCUCGCAAAGUUCGCGGCCAACAAAUCCAAAUAAAGGACGAAAAUCGCCGAAGCAACAUUGGGGACACAGGACAGGCGCACAGGGCAGGACCUUCGAGUGCCUCCGAAGCAGUCCAAUCUUUCCAUGCCCCCCAAUUCUCUCUCUAUUCCCUCCUUCAACCUAUUGCGCUAUCCUCCACUUGUCCAAAGCGCAUUUACCGUGGGCUCAGUAUCGAACGAAACCGCUGUGCACGAAUCUUAACCUAAACAGGACGAAAAUGACAUAUGUGUUCAGUGAAUUGUUGAUAGUGCGAAAAUGACAGGAUGACGAGCCGCGAGGAGGGUCAAGGGGGGUCGCCGAAGAGGCCCCCAGACACGGGGCAGAGCCCCACGACGAAGAAGCUGCGAGAAAACAUUAAAUUCUUCGAAAAGGUGUGGACCGGCACCAGAUCAUCCGAAGGUGGUUCUGCGGGAAUCUCCGAGAAGGACGUUGAGGAGUUCGAGAGGAGGCUGCAGGAGGAGAGGAGUAAGAACAAGGGUCGUUCGGAGCUGGAAGAGAUAAGGCUGAAGAGGACUGGGGCUUCCCCGAGGCAUGUGGUGCACCAUCAGGAGAUCAGGGAUGAUGGCACUGUGGAGGAAACCAUAACCACCACCCAAAGGGAAAACGAUCCUAGAUCAGGACUCAAAACGAUAAAAUUCGAAAAAGUUACCCUGAGGAAGACCAUCAGACAAAUCACCAGCCCUACCAGCCCAGUAGGAGAACAGUUCACCUCAAGCAGAACCCCUUCCGAGGAGGUUCUCCUUGAGGACUCCACCUACGGGACCCAUUCAAAUGGUAACGCUGGCAACACCUCCAAAACGUCCAGCUUCACGUCUUUGGGGGAUAGAUUUUCCUCUGACGAGAAUCUCGCAAAGUCCCUGGACAUUUCUAGGUCCGGCCAAGAAGACUGGGAUAACACCAGUUGUAGCGGAAGCAAGGCUACCUCUUCCAGUUCUGAGUGGUACAGUGAAUACAGAACUCAAAGUUUUCAUAGCAACUCUUCCAAGCUGGAAUAUGUGAGGAGCAAGUCGCAGUUUGAUGAUCAUAUUGCUAGCAUACGAGACGAACAGGAGAGAGUACAGAAGAAGACAUUUGUGAACUGGAUCAACUCUUAUUUAUCUAAGCGAGUUCCACCGCUUAGAAUAGAUGAUUUGAUCGAGGAUCUCAAAGAUGGGACGAAGCUACUAGCACUUCUGGAAGUUUUGUCAGGAGAAAAACUGCCCGUGGAGAGGGGUAGGAUACUUCGUAGACCACAUUUCUUGAGUAACGCAAAUACUGCAUUGCAAUUUUUGCAAGGCAAGAGGAUAAAAUUAGUGAAUAUAAAUGCCAGCGAUCUAGUAGAUGGCAGGCCACCAGUUGUACUGGGAUUAAUUUGGACCAUUAUUUUAUAUUUCCAGAUCGAAGAAAACAGCAGAGCCCUAGAAUACCUCGCACUAUGGGGCAGCCAAAGCAGCCUAGAGAGCGCAGGAACCACAGCAUCCAGAGAUAAAACCAAGAUGGGCGCCAGAAAAACGCUACUGAACUGGGUAACGAACGCUCUACCCAAAGACUCCGGCAUAGAAGUGAGAGACUUCGGCGCCAGUUGGAGGGACGGAGUAGCCUUCCUCGCCAUCAUCGACGCCAUAAAAAAGAACCUGGUGGACAUAGCAGCCUUGCGAAGAGAAACGAACAGAAGCCGUCUUGAAACGGCCUUCGACGUGGCAGAGUCCGAACUAGGCAUAACGAGACUUCUGGAUCCAGAAGACGUCGACGUUCCAAAACCUGACGAAAAAUCGAUUAUGACUUACGUAGCUCAAUUCUUACAUAAAUAUCCCGAACCGGGUACCGGUCAGCAUGAUGUGAUCAUGAACAUCCAAGAACAAUACGGCGAACUCCUGGUUUGGUUGAGGCAAAAGACGCAAUACCUGGAGCAUUUACAGCAGACAGGAACUCUGCCCUUAGACUUCAACGAAUAUUCCGCACUUAAGAACGAAGUGGACGAGAGAGAGAAACUAUAUACGAAAUUAAAACAGCUAAUCGAGUCCCAAAGCUUGGUUACGGUCACCAGAGAGUCAUGGAUAGACAUAAUCCAACUCUGGAAGAAGCUGCAGAUCCAGCUGCUUCAGUGGUUGUGGCUGAUAGAUUCUAGGCUUCCAGGGGAUUUCAAAUUCAUCGGGGAAUGGUUGGCUAAGGCCGAACGUCUAGUUUAUUGCGACGAGAUACCUACAGCUAUGAACGACGAAACUGCUGCUAUUAUAAGUAAGAAACUCGAGGAACACAAAGCGUUCUUCGCUGAUUAUCCUACUGUCAAGCAGCGAUUCUUGGAGUUGUGUAAUACGCCACUGGCGAAAGAAGUGCCUUCAGAAAAGUUGAAUAAUUUGAAUGUUAGACUGAAUGAUCUAGGACCUAAGGCUGCUGAACGUAGAGUGAGACUUAAGUUCCUGGAGCACAAGUGUUGCCUUAUUGCAUUUUUGCAACUAACAGAGACCAAACUGAAAGUAUGGACUGCGAAAUAUGGAAGAUUAGAAAAAGUCACACCAUUGUUAGAUCAAUACCGAAAUUUCGUAUCUAAAAAUAAUAUCUUCCAAGAAUUCAAUAAAGCCUUCGUUGAUAUGAAAGCCGUGAUACAGGAAUACAAACAAGACGGAAAUAUAAGUAAAAGUGAAAAAACCAACACUGACUUAUUCAUAAAUGAGAUAGCUGAAAGAUGGAAGAACGUUUCAAUGGAAUUGAAGUGCGUCCAAAGUAUGCUAGAAGAAGUUGUCGUUUAUUGGAGAAGGUGGGAUUCCCUGGCUCCACAGUUCGAAAAUUGGCUAGCCAGAGCUGAGAACGCCUUGAAUUUACCCGAAGACGAAAAAAUUGAAUUUUUCCAGGACAUAACGGUAUGGAGAGAUAAUUAUCAACUGAUUGGCGACACUGUCGGUUUUCUAAUCGCCACGUGCAACGAAAAUGUUGCUAUGGAGCUCAGGGACCAAUUCCAAACUAUAACGGAAAAAUGGGAGAAGAUAUUCCCUCACGUGAAUCAGUACAGUCACGGCGGUGAUCUGCUAAGGAAUAGAAAAGAAUUCAAAAACGGAUUAGAGACUUUAUCCCAGUGGUUGAGGAAAGCUGAAAGUAUCGUGAAUUCUCCCCAAUUAGGCUCAACUGAAAGGAUUGUCCAACACAUUGAGAAACUGGUGAAACUACAAGAAGAAAUCGAGAAUGUAGAGAAUGUCUUCAAAGCUAUAAGUAAGACUUUCCAGUCCCUAAUUCAAAAUCUAUCCAGGGAGGAGGUUGAGAGGAUGAUGCUUGCUUUGAAACAAGAAAAAGAGGCCUUGGUUAAAAUCAGAGCCUUGAUUCCCGCCCAGAUACACCUGUUCAAUCAACUCCUCGUCCAGCAAAGAUCUUUAGAGGAUGGCCAAAAGGAAAUAAACACGUGGCUUGACGAAGCUGAGAAUCUCCUGAGCAACCUGAGUCUGAGCUGUGAACGAGAUUCUUUGAAGAGUCACCUUGAGAAGAUAAAACAGUUCUUCACGAGAACUUUGUAUUACAAAUCUAUGCUCGACAGCAAGAAUAAAGUUAUGAUGAAUAUAAUUAAGACCGUAGACCAGAGUCAAAAUAAUGAUGUAGCCCAAAUGGUUGAAAAAAUGGAUCAGCUAAACGACAGGUUUUCCUAUGUUACCCAAAAUGCUCAGGUUUGGGAGCAAAGACUUAUAGAAACACUCCGAUGCCUUCACAACUACACCGAGUGCUACAGGGUGAUAUCGAACUGGUUAGGGCAAGCCGAGAGACUCAUUGAAGAAAGACGUAUAGAUAAUAAGGAUACAGUUGAAGAUCACAAGAACUUUUUCACUUCUGUUAACGAAAAGUGGAUCCACGAACUCAUUCAAAACUCCCAAGAUCUCUGCAACUGUCUUCCAAAAGAACAACACAAAACGAUUUUGAAUUCUGUGAGCGAAUUACAAGGGAAAUGGAAAAAAGUUCUAUCAUUCGCCCCACUCCAUCUCAUGAAAUUAGAGUUCAGAUUGGACGAAACUACAUUCAAUUAUUACAUUAAAGAACUUGAGAGGGAAAUACACUCAGAACAUCUUGCAUUUAGCAAACAGACAGAUGUUGGAUCGAUCAUAAACAGGAAUAAGGAGUACUUUUCGAACCAAGGUCCUUUGAGAGAGGCAAAGCACUGCUUGGAGAAUCUUAAGAAAAUUGCGGAAAAUUACAGUCAGCAUAAUCCAGACGAUACAUCUAUACAACAUGCUUGUGAACACGCUGAGAAGCAAUGGGUCAAUUUGACGAUGAAACUCGAUAAUUUGAGUAGAGAGUUAGAACAGAUACCCGAAAAGUGGGAUGAAUAUCACAGGAAGUGUGAGGAGAUUGGUAAAUGGAUGGAUGAAGUGGAGGAAUCUUUGAAGAAUAUUCUCACCUCUUGCCAAAGUCCGGAAGAAUUUGACAAGCAGAAAGAAGAGUUCCAGAAAAUAUGCAAUGAUGCUGAUUCCAAGAGGCAGCACAUGAAAUGGUUGGUGCAAACCCUCGACUUCUUAGGUUCACAGUGCCCUCUAAGCCAGGCGGAAAUGGAGCAGAAAAAAUUGGACAUCCUCCUUACCCGAUAUAAAAACCUCAUACCUUCAAUUGAAAUCACGAUGAUCAAAACCGAUACCCUCUCAAAAUGUUACUCGUACCGAAGAGAAGUACGUGAAGUGUGUGAAUUGUUGAAGAAAGUUAGGGAAGUUAAGGAGGAGAAUCCACAGCCGAACAACUUACCCCAUCUCAUCAAUGUACAACAGAGCACCCUAAGCCAUCUUGAAGCUCAAAGACCAAGUAUUAUGUCUAUUCUGCAAAAAGGUAAGGAAUUAGAAAAAGAUAUAAAUGCUCCACCCUUCAUCAAGCAGGAAGUUGAGAAUCUAGAGAGCAGUUGGUCGGAAACUUAUAGGACAACUCUGGACAAACUAACACAUUUGAAAGAAACCCACAAAAUAUGGACCUCCUAUGAUAAUCAGAAGAACGAAAUUGUAAUGCUGUUGUCGAAAGCUGAGCAACAACUGAAAAGUAUACAUCCUAGUGAGUAUAAUCUACGCAGUCUUCCGAACGAGCUCAAAAAACGACAAGAACAAGCAGUUCUUCUGCGUGAAAGGAUUGAAGAGAUGCUUCGUAGACUCAGGGAACUUUGUUCUGAACUUUCAGAGCAAGCGCCUACUUUGAAAAAGGAAAUUCAAGAAAUCGAAAAACGCUACAGGUCGACAUUAGAGAAUGCUCAAAAGAACAUAACUAACCUUGAACAAUAUACGGUCAAAAUAAACACUUUCCAAAACCAGCUGUCUAAACUCGAAGAAUGGACUACAUCCCAAGUUCCCAUUCUACUAAGCUCUGUCGAACAAGAGGACAUUCCACCACAGGAAAAAAUAGCUAAAACCGAGAUGCUCCAAAGGGAAAUCAUCCAUCAUAUAACUCUACUAGACAGCCUCGAUAAUGAAGCGCAAGAAAUUGAGGUUCAUCCUGAAGAAGCACCGAAAUUCCAAGCGAAACUAUCAGCACUGAGACAAAAAGUGGAAAAUGUGAACACGAAUGUGGAAACUCAAAAGAGUAUUAUCUCCCAAGAUCUUAAAAACUGGGAAGUUUGUCAAGCCAACUUACACGAAGCCAAACCUUGGUUGGAAAAGGCUGAGAAGAAAGUGAAAGAAGGAUUGAAGAAACCGCAAACAUUGGAAGAGGCUAUCAGAAUGAAAAAGGACAAUGAUGGUUUCGCUGAAGAGUGUAAAGUUCACUCGGAAAAAUUGCAGGGAAUUUUGACCCUUUCACAUCAACUUAGCUCCAAAACUCCAACACACGACGAUAUAGAUUCAUCCCUCACAAAACACACCAUAAUCUUCGACACAGUGCAUCAAUGGGAUAGGAAAUUAGACAAAUUAGUAGCAAACUGGGGCGCUUUUGAUUCUAAUUUGAAGGAUCUCGAGUCCUGGAUCGACAAGAGCAAAAUGGAAUUUGCGCAACAGUCUAUCAACUUGCACACGCCACAUAUUGAUAAACUGGAGAAGAGCUUAUCUGAGCUGAAAUCUUUCAACAAUGAACUAUCAGAACAGCAAGCAAAGAUAAUUGGGUUGACUCAAAGUCUGGAUGCCAUCAGCCACCAUAUAUCACCAGAAGCCUACAACUUGAAUAAAAUCAAAUUGCAAGAGAUGAAAGCUGAAAUAAACAAGUUGGCUGACGCCCUCAGAGCCAAGAUUAACGCAUGUUCGGACGCCAUAUUGGCAAAACACGAAUCCCAAGCAAAGAUCGUUCAGUUCACCAACUGGGUAUACGACUUCAAGAACAGUGUUUCGCGAUUGGACGAAUUAUAUCCGGAUAAUAUAGACACGGUACUGAUCAACGUUCAUAGCCUUCUUCAGGAGCACUCUGAAAAACAACCCACCUUCAACGAAAUUUACGAAGAAAUCAAAGAAAUAACAUUAAGAACAACUGGAAAUGAGAAUGAAGCGAUAGCUGCGGAGUACACUAAUAUUUCCAAAAAUUACCAGGAUAUACAUGAUGAUCUAUUGAACAAAAAGAAUGCUUUAGAAAAAUGGUCAGAGCUUUUCAAUUGGUACAACGAAUCCCUUAAUCAACUUCAACAUUUAAAUUACCAGAUCGAAAGCAAGAGCGCAUCGGAAGAUGAUCUUCGUCAAGUUUUGCCAGAAAUAAACUCUUUAUCUAAUAAACUCGUUAUAUGGAAAGAGAAAAUACCUUCAUUCGAAAACAUAAGGAACGUAACAAUACUCAAUAAACAAACAGGCCUUCCAUUAACCGCAGAACACCUCAUAAGAGAAAUAGAAUUGAAAACGACACAUUUGAAGACGAACGUUGAAAAAAGAAUACAAGAUUUGAACACUCUGAAGAAUCAUUGGCAGUCAUUCCAAAAAAUUCAGGAUGAUCUACAAGCAAACUUGAAAGAUUUGAAAAUGCAAUAUUCCAAUGUUUAUUCCAUGAUCAAAACGCCUUCUGAUAUAGUCACUGCCUUAGAUCAUCUUAACAACCUUUCUGAUCAGUCUGAGAAUCUCAAACUCAAGGAAGAUCUGCGAAAGGAAGCACUUUAUCUAACCAAGGAGGAUAUUCAGAAUGUUUCUAUAGUACAAGGGGCAAUAUCCCAGAUCGAGUCACAGUGGAAUAAAGCUAUCGAAGACAUAAGAAACCAAAAAUUGGAAAUUGCUAACGCUCUUGCCGGUUGGAAAGAUUUUCAAGAAGCAAAAGAUCGUGUCGCAAAAGAAAUUUCAGAUUUGAACGAGGGCAUACAGAACUUUGAAACGCCUAACGAUCUACAACAGGCUAAAGUUAAUUUUGAAAAAGCAACAAAACUUUCAGAGUCCUUCAAGAGGUUCAAAUUGACUUUGGAUAAAUUGGAAUCCAAAGGACAAACGAUAAUGAAAAAGUGUGAAAACAUACCUGUUUUACAAGCAGAGAUCAAAAAUGGAAUCCAAGAAAUGAGCCAAAGUUGGUCAUCAAUCUACGAGAAUAUUCUUAGUCUGGUGCAGAGGACUGAAUCCCAGGUGACUAUUUGGAAAGAUAUCGAUAAUACAAAGAACGAUCUUCUGAAAUGGUUGAGUGAACAAAAUACAGCCUUCGCUACAGCUAUAGAAAAACCUAAUGAAAUGGAGACUGCUAAAAUGCAACUGGAGAAAUAUAGAGAAGAACUGCCAUUAUACUCCAGAUUGAAGCAGAGUUUAUCGGUGAAAUGCGAUCAGCUAAGAAAACUCUCAAACGAAAAUAUUCCACCUCUAGAUAUUCUCACACAGGUCAUUGCUGAUCAAUUUCAGACAGUCGAGAUGAACGCAAAGAAAUUGAGUGAGCUGACUUCCAACUUUGGGAAUGCUAAAAAGAAUAUCCAGGACAAACUGAAGAUAAUAAACAACAGGAUCAGUUCUUUGAGGGAGCAAAUAAUAAAGUGUGAAGAUCUCGGUGGAGACAAUAGACAGGUUGUUGAAAGAGUUCUAAAGAUUCAGAACCAUAAAAAAGAACUGAAGAAUUGCGAAGGUGAGAUUGAAGAACUUGAUCAAGACCUCAAACAGAUCAAACUAAUGUAUCCUAAUCUCAUAGAAGGCGUGUUUCCGAAAGAACAACAACUGAUCAAGAAGAGGUACGAUGAUCUAAUGAAUCAUUCCAACAAAAUUGAGAAUACUCUUCUGGGAUUCCUAAAAAAGGUGCAUUCUGAAAAGUUUGGAGUAUUACAAAGACUUAUUUCUACCUAUAGAGAGAAGAUUGAAUGGUGUUGUCCGGAUAGCCUCGCUGAUAAAUAUAAUCUAGAGGUCAAACUGAAAUCCCUCCUCCCUAUAGAGAAAGCCCUGGAAGAUUGUAAUGUUAAAGCAUCAGAGAUUGAAGAUUCGCUAGCUUUAAUAGCUGAAGUGGAGCACCCAGAGGUCAUUAAGCUACUGCAAGCUGAGAAAGACCACCUCCUCCUCGAAUUGAAUACCGUGCAAGGAACAUUCAAUGAGGCUAAAAAUAAGUUAGAGUCGGCUGUAGAUCUCCAUCAAAAAUAUGAAAAUAUUGUCGAGGAAAUUUCAUCUUGGUUGAAAAUCAAAGAGAACGACAUAAAAGUAAUCAGUAGCGCGCCAAUGGACGUAUACGAUUUGGAUAAUAAGUUGAAAGAAAUGACAUAUUUGAAUGAGGAAAUAGUGAAUUUCGAAGAAAAUGUGAACGCCUUGAAACCCAUGAGCACCCAGCUCUCUGAUGGAAAACCCGAUGACAGGAUAGCCCUACAGGUUGACCAUUUGAAUUCGCGUUACACAGUUUUGAAGAAUUUCAUGACAAAUUACAUCAAAAAGUUCCAAGAACUGAAACAAUACAAAGAACGUUACCAAAAAGCUGUCCAAGAUGUGGAGAACUGGCUUACCAGAGCGGAAAACAAAGUGAAAUCAUUUGAAACUCUCAGUGCCAAACCAGACCAAUCUACAUUAGGAAAACUGAAGGGAUUCUCUGUGGAAAAAGAAGAAGGUAAGAAAUUGCUGAAUACAGCUGUUGAACAUGGGGAAGCAAUGUUUCCUGGCAUAACUCCAGAUAAUCGUGAAACGAUCAGAAGUGAACUUAGAAUUCUGAGAGAGAAAGCUGAACGUUUAAUAGAAGAAGUGAAUAACUUAUACAAGAACGUUGAAGCAGUACUCACUCAAAAACAUUCGUUCGAAGACAGUUUGCAACAAAUUAAGAUAUGGAUGGAUGAUAUUGAUGGCAAAUUGCCCGAGGAAUAUGUACUUGAUAAAACCCUACACGAGAAAAGAGAAACUUCGUACAACUACAAAGUAAUUGAACAUGAUAUCGACCUCCACAAGACGAUUCUGCACAAAAUGAAAGAUUCAGUCUCCGACUUAAACGACAGCGAAGCUCAUAAAGCACUGGAUGAAAAUGUCAAGCGAUGCAACAAUCUUAUCGCUAAAGUGGAUAAAUUCCGUCUCACAGCUGAGGAUUGCGUGAAACAACACGAGAAUUACGAGGCUGCCAUUGAAAAUUGCAGAAACUGGUUAGAAGCUCUCACUUCAGAAGCUGUCAUCCUCAUGGAUGAAUCUUCUUCUUACCCUGCAGAUUCAAAAUUAUCAAUGGUUCAAGAUUUAUUAUCACAAAAGGAACAAGGUGAUCAAAUUGUGGAAUCAUGUAAAAAACAGCUCGAAUGUGUCUUAGAGCAGACGGCAGAAAGUGGACAUCCUCCACUCAUAAAUCUAUUAGCCGAACAAGAAAAAGCCUGGGAAUCAUUUCUGCAGUUCUGUUCAUCUGCACAGCAGAAACUAGAUGAUAUAUCAAUGCAGUCUUCGAAGUUUGAUGAUUCGAUAAAAGAUUUGGAAGAAUGGUUGAAAAUUAAGGAGAAUCAAGUGAGAGAUCAAAGUUUGAAGAGUACAGAAGAAGCCAAGAGAGCUCAUCUAACUAAACUGGAAUCAUUGAAUGAAGAAAUUCUCUCGAAGGAUGAAGAUUUCAAAAAUAUUUCCAAAGAGUUCAGCAACAUAGAUUCUAACUUCAAAAUUCCGGCACUCAUGACCAGAUAUGAAACAUUGAAGAAUUCUUCUAAAGAGAGCAUUAGAAAAUAUGGUAUCUACGUGGAUGAACAUAAGCACUUCAAUGAAACUUAUAACAACUUAAUCCACUGGCUCAGUGAUAAGGCUGAAGAUUUACAGGAUUUGAGCCAUAUUGUGGGAGAUGUGGCAGUCAUACAAAACAGACAUAAAGAUAUCGAAGUGCUUAUGGAGGAGAGAAAUAAAAAGAGCUCGGAAUUCGACGCCAUUCUGGAAAUAGGAGAAAAAUUAUACUUGCAUACUUCUCCGGAUGGUAGGGAAAUAAUUAGGCAGCAGCUCAAAAAUUUGAGGACGAUCUGGGAUAGUUUCGCAGACGAUUUACAAAACUCAAGUCAUAAACUCGAUCAAUGUUUGGUCCAGUUCUCCGAUUUCACCAUGACACAAGAACAGCUCACCAAAUGGCUCAAAGAUGUUGAAAAAGCGAUGCAACAACAUACAGAGUUGAAAUCUACCCUGCAAGAGAAGAGAGCGCAAUUCCAAAAUCAUAAGAUAAUGCAUCAAGAAAUAAUGUCUCAUCAGCAGCUUGUGGAGUCUGUUUGUGAUAAAGCGCAAAAAUUGGUCGACCAAACACAAGAUAAAUCUCUGAAUAUGUAUCUACAAUCGAUUAAACAACUAUUCCUGAAUAUUGAGAAUAAAUCCGAGGAACUUUUGAAUAACUUGAACGCCUGUGUGAAUAAACAUAUCGAUUUCAAUGAUAGCGUAGCAUCGUUUAAAGAUUGGCUUAGAGGUGUUAGGGAAAAACUACAGGAUUGUUAUGAAACGACCGGAGAAAAAUCGGAUAUAGAGAAGAGGGUAUCGGUUAUUUCCACAACAAAAUCCAGACAUGAGAAAGAAGGGGAGGAGCUAUUGGCAAAAAUUAAGGAAAAAUGCAUUUCAACUGCAAGGAGUACAGCACCUGAAGGUGUUGAAAUAUUGAAAUCGGAACUUCAAGAACUUUCUGCGUCUUUUGCUGAUUAUAUGAGUGAAAUUGAUAAAUGCAUGGAUCGACAAAAUAUUGCUCUGAAAGAAUGGGAAAACUUCGACGAUACUUAUGAGGAACUGUCCAAGUGGUGUAAGGCUGCGGAAGUUUCACUCAGAGAACAAACACUUCAAAAUACUCUGGACGACAAGAUGAAACGAUACAAACAUUUCAUUAGUCAGAAAGAGGACGUUUCUGUUAAGGAGACAGCAAUUGAUCAGUUCAUAGAUUUUGCCCACAGUUUAGCGCAAAGGAGUGGUGUUUCAAAAGUUCAGCCGCUUAUAUCUCAGCUAGCAUCGAAAUAUCAGCAGCUUAAAUCUCUAGCUAAAGACGUGGUAGACAGAUGGGAGGUCAUAGUCGACGAUCAUAAGAACUAUCAAAGGAAACUUCAUGAUAUCGAUUUAUGGUUGGGUCAAUUGGAAAACAGUUUGGAAACUUUGAAAACAGAAAACAUUGAUGAUUCCAUGAAAAGGCUACAACUCAUUUUGGCAGAGAAGGAUCAAGGUGAACACCAAUUGAAUGCGUUAUUGUUGGUUGGUGAGAAAAUUUUGCCAGAUACUGCUACCCAAGGAAGGGAAGCAAUAAGAAGUGAGCUGAGGAGUGUCAGACAAAGAUGGGACGAUCUUUUUGAAGACGUGAAAAGAUACCAGAAAGAGCAAGAGGCUCAAAGUCAUCAAUUAUCCAGUUACCAAGAUAUACUUCAACAGACCCUAACUUGGUUGAAUGCUAUGGAGAAUAAUAUUGAGUUGAAUCCGACGCAAUGGAACAGCUCGCAAGAAAUUCGGGCUAAGUUGCUCAAGCACAGGACAUUGAAUCAAGAAAUCGUUGGACAUCGAAAAAUAAUCGAAGAUGUUACUUCAAAAGCUCAAUAUGUUGUGCAGUCUACCAGCAACAAAGAUAAGAUAACACCAGUGAAGGAGCAGAUUGAGUCCAUCGGAAAACGUUAUGCUGCGUUGGUCUCAAAUUCCCAAAUUAAUAUCAAGAAACUAGAAGAUUGUUUAGAAGUUUAUCAUCAAUUUUACGAGCUGCAUAAGGAUCACCAAGACGUGCAGAAACAACAAUGGGAUGACCUUAAUAAUUACAACGAUUUAGAUGGCAGCAAGGAUGUGCUUCAAGAAAGGCUCUCCCAUAUUCAAGAACUUCAGGAUCGUAUCAUUGAGAACGAACUGAAGAUUAAAGACCUGGAGAAAUACGUUGCUGAUAAAAUAUCGAUUCUUCCAGCUAGAAUUCAAGAGCAAAUGCAGAGAGACGUGGCAAAUCUCAAAUAUGAUCAGAACAAGUUCAUUUCCGCCCUUACGGACGCGAAAUCAAACUUGGAAGCCCGACUUGCUCAAUGGAACGAUUUUGAGAGCUCCCUUGACAAACUUUUAUCGUCUCUCAACGAAGCUGAAGUGGUAUUGAAAAACUUCUCAUUGAAAGCGACAGCUGAAGAAAAGCAGGAACAGUUCGAGAAAUAUCAAGGACUGUUUUCAAAUCUCUCAAUAAUCGAAAAACAAAUAGAUGAGAUGUCUGAUAAUCUCAAUGAACUGGUUAGGAAUAGUGGAGAUUCUAGGGUUUCCGUUAAUAUUCAACAGAUUACAUCUAGGUUCCAAUCCAUCCAUUUGGCAGCCAAGGAAAUUUUGAAGAAAUGCGAGACUGCAUUCACUGAUCAUAAAUUCUAUAAUGAAAAAUAUCGUCAGUGUGCUGAUUGGAUUUCUGCAGCCCAAGCUAAGUUUUCGAUUCAUCAGAAAAACAUCGAUGAUGGUUCGCGGGAUGUUCUUUCUGAAGAAGCCCACGUCUUGAGCGAACUACUUGCGGAAGAAGUAAGUGCAACUCUACUCCUCAAUAACGCUGUAGAAUUGGGUGAGAAAUUGUACCCCAACACUUCAAAUGAGGGUAGAGAAAUCAUAGCGAACCAACUGAAAGACUUGCAGCAAUCUAUGGAAAACCUAUUCGAUACUUUGAACGCAUCUGACAGAGAACUCAAAUCCAAUUUGACAAGGUGGUCAAGCUUCGAAGAAAGCAGCAAAAAUCUCAACAAUUGGCUAGAAGGCGUGGAGAAUCGGUUAGCAGAGCUGAAGCUAUGGGCAACGCUAGACGAGAAGAAGAAUCAGCUGUUGGAAUACAAGAACUUGAAUUAUGAAAUAACUUCGAAUCAGCAAAAUCUACUGGAUUUAGAGGAAAAACUGCAAAAUCUUCCGAGUGUUAGCGAUAACCUCAGUGCAGAUUUGCAAGUGAUGAAAGAGAGACAUGAAUCAUUGAUGAAGAGGAUCCAGGAAUUUGUGGAAACUUACGAUUACAUUGUUAGCGAUCAUAUUAAAUUCGUUCAGGCUGUCGAAGUAGCCAAGAAUUGGUUGGAAUCGACCAAUGCGAACCUUUCACUUUGGGGUGAUUCGAGUUUGGACAGGACAAGUUUAUACACUAAUUUGGACAAACUGAAGAAUUUGAAGUCAUCGUUGAGAGAUGAAGAAUCUAGAAUCUUGACGGUCAAAUCUUUAGGAGACAAGGUUAUCCAUAAAACCAACCAAAACGGUCGAUCGAGCAUUAGGUCAUUGGUGGAAGAGGUACAAACUGAAUGGGCUAAAUUAGUUUCUAUCGUAGAUAACUCAAUUGAGCAGGUUCAGUCCAAAAUAACCAGUUGGGAGGAAUACGAUCGGUUGAAAGAACAAUGCGCAUCUUGGAUAAGAAACGCGGAUUCAGAGUUGCACUCGAUUAACCUCAAAUCAACUGCGGAUGAAAAGAAGGAGCAACUAGACCGCCUCAUAAUUCUACAAGGGGAAAUUCGAGCGAAGGAGUUGGAGAUCGAUCAACUGACGGAGAAGGCGCAACAACUCACCAAAGGUGCACAUAAACGUAACUCCCAAAUACCCGAAAUCGAAGCUAAAUAUCAGCAGAUAUCUCAGAAAGUUAAAGAUACAACCACAAAAUGGCAACAGUUCGUUAUUUCCCAUCAAGACCUUGACUCUCGUAUCCAACAUUUGGAAGAAUGGCUACAAGGUUUGAGCGAGAAACUCGCGAAUUGUGGAAGUGUUAAAAAUGCCACCCAAAAAGAAAUUGAGAAGAAGAUUGCUGUCAUACAGGGAAUCUUCUUAUCCAAAGAGGAGGGUUUCCAAAAGAUGCAAGCCCUAGUAGAACUGGCGCAGGCAGUUUUAGCUAACACAGCUUCUGAGGGUCAUCAAACUAUAAACGAACAAGUCUCGAAGCUACAAGAAGAGUGGUCAGCUAUCGCUUCACGUAUGAUAGAAACUAAAAACAUUCUCGAUAACGCCCUUACCAAAUGGACUGGAAUCAUUCAAGAAGUUCACGAUCUAACAAAAAUAAUCGACCUUAUGAGGUCACAACUAGCGGAACAUUCCGUAUAUUGUGGAACUAUGUCCGAAAAGAAAAAUCAACUGGAUUCUAUCAAGAAAAUUGAAGAGAAGGCCAGAUGCGAGAAGAAUGAAGUGGACAAUCUGAGGCAGAUAGCCAAUAAUAUUUUCGCCACACAACAAGGCGAUGACGUCAUGAAAUGUCAAGAUAUUCUUGAUGAAUUUGAUGACUGCGUUCAGAAGAUACAGAAACUACUCAGAGACAGAGAAUGCCAGUAUCGUGAUCACAAACUCUACAGAGAAGCUUACGAUGAGCUACAGAGGUGGAUGAUACGAGCUCAAGAGAAAGUACCACAGUUCAAGCAGAGACCUCUAGGUGCUGAACUCACGGUAGAUAGCUUUUCUGGUCCUUUGGAUCAUCUUCUGAACAAAAAAGCACAAGGGGAAAUACUCAUAGAAAAUUUGGAACACACAGCCCAAGUGGUUCUUCCUCACACCAGCGAGAGUGGACAAACCUCCAUCAAAAAUGAUAUAGGCGCUGUAAAAGAAGCGUUUGAACGUUUGUUUAAAGAUAUCAAAGAACAGAGGGAUCAGCUGGAAGUGGUGCUGGAACAUUGGCGAGAAUACAAGGACGAUUAUGAGAGGAUUUCUGAUUGGCUUCAACAGAUAGCCAUAUUGGUGAAGAACCAGAAAAUCGUCCUAUGCGGAAAUCUAAAGGAGAAGGAAAAACAAGUUGCAACUAUGAAAGAUUUACUCAAGCAAUUCGAAGACGGAAAGGCGCAAAUCGAGAAGCUCAACGAUUUCGCGAAAGUUUUGAUCAAAUCUCCCUUGGAGAACCACGUGAACAAUCAACUGCAGCAAUUGAAUUCCCGAUACGAAGUGGAACUAAAUAUAACCAAAGACGUCCUGAAGAAAAUCGAGAACAACUAUGGUCAACAUAAAGAAUACGCAGAGAACUUGGAGAAGAGCAGGGCUUGGAUAGAUAACGCCAAGGAACUCAUUAGAGUUUGCUCUGAAACUACAUCGUUGACCAGCAAGGAUAUUCUUCAAGACCACUUGAGUCAGAUACAGAAUCUGAUAGGUAAACGCGAGAUCGGCCAGAGCUUGAUCCAUACCACUGUGAAUUUGGGCGAGAAAGUCGUUAGAAAUACUCGCUCAGACGGCAAAGAAGUCAUUAAUGCUGAGCUGAAGGAAAUCCAAAAUGAUUGGGAUAGGAUAGUCAAGAAGAUGUCAUCCGCCAAAGUACAUUUGGAGACGCAACUACUACAAUGGGCAGAUUACGAUAGCUCUUACCACAAUUUGCAGCAGUGGAUCACAGAACGAGAGGCUAAGUUACAACAAGUCACCGAAACCAAGAUCACCAAAACUGGGAAAACUGGAUUGGGUGCCUUGCCGAUUGGAGAGAGAAAAGCGACGCUCCGAGAAACUGGAAAUAUUGUUCAAGAUUUGGUCUCUUUCGAGCCUAUGAUACAGUCCGUUACAUCCAAGGCUGAGGAUUUGAAACAAGCGGCACCGGCUUCCGAAAUAUCUUCUAAAUACGAAAGCCUCUCCAAGCAAGCUCAAGCUCUUUACGAAAAGCAAAAAGAGACCAUCGACUCUCACGAGGCUUUCAUCGAGGCUGGUACUAACUUUGUCCAGUGGAUCCGUUUAGCCAGGGAAAGACUAGGCAAAUGUUCCGAUCCCACAGGCGACAAGGAAAGUCUUGGAAGUAAAUUAUCCCAAGUCAAGGCACUCCAGAACGAAUUGCCUGAAGGUCAGAAGAAAUUAGAAUUAGCCCUCGAGAAAGGAGAUAAGGCUUGUAACUUCGCCGAUGAAGACGACAAGGAAAUAAUAGAAGAAGAAGUUGGUCUCCUCCAAGAUGAAUUCGACAAUUACUGUGAAUUACUUUCCAAUACGAAAAAUCUCCUGGAAGUCGGACUUGUUAAAUGGACUGAUUACGAAGAACAAUAUCAAGAAGCGCUCAAAUGGCUCACAAGAAAAGAGGAGAAGAUUCAAUCCUUCAAUAGACUCCAGAACAGUUUGGAAGAUAAAAGAACUGUUUUGGAACAGUUCCAACAACAUUUGCAGACACUCUUCGAUUGGCAGAGUGAAUUAGAUCGAUUGAAUAUGAGAGCGCAAACUCUAUUAGAGACAUGCUCAGAUACAAGAAUAAGUAACGCAGUCACACAACUGGCAACAAAGUACGGCACAAUAUUAACGCUCGCUAAAGAAAUUAUGCGCAGACUGGAAUUGCAUUAUCAAGAACAUCAGCAGCAUAGCACUUUAUGUCUAGAAUGCCAAGAUUGGUUGGACAGAACGAAAGAAAAACUAACAAACUGCUUAGACAUUCCGAAUACGCUUUUGGAGGUCAACAACAAACUUCAAAUAGUCAAAAGUAUAAGGGCGUCUAUUGAACAAGGUCAGAACAAACUCAGAUAUAUAUUGGAAUUGAAAGAACGAGUCGUUAUCAACACAGAAAAAGCGGGAGCAGAAAAAAUACAAGAAGAAACAGAGAAUCUGAAAGAAGAUAUGGAAAAACUUUUGAACACUCUUAACGACGCAAGAAGCAAACUUUCAGCUAGAGCGAACCAACUCGAGGAAAUCGACAAACUUUGUAAAAUUCUUCAAGAACUCUUGGACGAUGUUGAACAUCAAGCUAAACCUCAAGAUGAAUUCCUUCAUGACUUGGGCGAGAAAAAAGCAAGACUUGAGAAGCUUAGAGCUGCAGCGAAGGAGCUAAAAUCACAACAUGAGCUGGUGGAAAAGCUGGAGACGAAAAUCAGGGAGAACAACGCUAGUGGUAAUAACUACAAGGACUGCAUCGAUAGAUACAACAGACUGGUGGAAGAAAUAGCAAUUAAGGCAGAAAAAUUAGAGAAGGAAGUGUCUGAACAUCAGCAGUUCAGGAAUAUGUAUGAUGAAACAAUUGAAUGGAUCAAGAAAAAACAGGUUAAUGUACAAAAAUGCACUAAUCUGCAUAGUGAAUUGGAGGUGAUCGAAGAGAAAGAAAGAGCUAUCAAUGAAAUCGUAGAAAUUCUCCCAGAAGGGGAAGACUUAGUUCACAGAACGAUUGAACUGAGCAUAUUAGUUUUGAAAUCAACUGGAGAUGAGGGACAAGAAAAUAUCAAGCAGGAUAUAGAUAACCUGAACAAUAUCUGGGAAGGUUUCCAGGUUUUAUGUUCAGAAACCCAGAAAUCGUUGAUCAGAUGUAAGGAUGCUUGGAUUGACUUCAUCGAUAUCCACAAGAAAUUGAAGUCCUCGAUAGAAAUUCACCAAGAUCGUCUGAACAAUCUGAGUAGAAAAGAAAAACAUACACAUGAAGAUUUGGCGGCAGCAAAGAGUCUUUUGGAUGAAUUAAACACAUUAAAGGAUGACUUAGAAACUUUAACAGACGCUUGCGAUUUGGUUAUGGAACAGAGUGCUGUUGGCUGGGUGAGAGAUAAGACCGUAGAAUUACAAAGUACCUAUUUGGUGCUUCUCACGAACGUGCAAGAUUUAAUUUCCAGAAUUGAGAAAACUCUGUCAGACCAUACAGAAUUUCUCAAGGCAAAAUCCGCUUUGGAGCAAUGGCUGUUCGAUGCUCAUAGCACAAUUCAAGAUUGCGUUGGUGUCGGCGAUGAAGCCACCAUAAGAGAAAGAUUGGAGAGAAUAUCAAAGUAUUCCGCAAAAUUACCAGAAGGACAGAGCAUGCUUUCUAAUUUACAAGAAGCAUUCGCGAAGGCCAUCAACGUGGUUCCUAUUGACCAACAAGAAUCCCUAAGGGAAGAUGUUUCAACACUUCGAAACAGUUGGGACCAACUCAACUUAGAUCUGGUGGCCAUUCAGGCACAACUGAAGAUUUCCCUGAAUAGGUGGCUAGAAUAUAAUGAGACUAAAUAUGCCCUCAUGAAAUGGCUAUCAACCAAAGAGGAUAUUCUUGACCAAAAGCAGAGCACCAAGGGAGAAUACAGUGAGAUGAAGACGCUAUUCGAGCGUUACAGAAACUUAAAAACCGAAAUCGCGAAGAAACAAGAUGAUAUUGAUAGAUUCAAGAAUGAAGCUAAUGAAUUAAGUAAAUGGUCCAAGAAUAAGAUUAUCAUCGAUGAGGCUGAUCAGAUUCAAACCUUGCACGCUAACCUGUUAACCAAAUGUGACAGAGUCAGAGAUGGCAUUGAAAUGGAAAUAAAAGAUUACACAGUUUACCAGCAAUCUCUGCAAGAUGUCGAAAAGUGGUUGUUGCAAACAUCGUUCAAACUCAUGAAUCAGAAUUCCCUCUAUAUAUCGAGUAAAGAGCAGACUGAAGCCCAAAUCGAGGAGCAAGAGAAGAGCAUCAAAGAAAUUCAAGAUUUCCAAUCUAAUUUGGAUGAUGUCAAAGCCAAGGGACAAAUGCAGAUAAGCCGCUAUGUAUCUGAUACUCCAUCUAUACAAGAGACUAUAGUGAAACAACUGGACAACGUCCAGAGUAGUUACGAUUCUCUACUGAAGACAGCGUUACAGAUCAAAAGUAGACUCUUGGAAUCCUUGGUUAAGUUCAAGGAAUAUGAAAGUACUCUAGAAGAUAUUAUGAAGAAUUUGGAGAAUUAUGAAGCGACGUUCUCUGAGGUUGUAGCUAAUCCUGCGGAUCAAUUGGAAGAAGUUGAUGAUCAAUUAAGAAUAGUAAAGGAAAUACAUGAGAAAUUACAAGGUGAAAAGACCAGACUUGCUUUAGCAGUUCAGGCUUGUGAAUCUGCAGCAUCCAUGAGCAGACCAGGAAGUCCCAGAGACCUUCAUGCACCUUCUGUACCAGUAAAGGAACUUGAGUGUAGAGCAAGACUUAAUGACGAUAUUGAUCAGGGAAUGAAGGAAUCUUCAGAAUCAAAUAGUUCACCUGCCAAAAUGAGCUUGCUAUUUGAACAUCUCGAAGAACCAGGAGUUGUUAAAAAACUUCAUCUAGUCUUGAUCGAGGUCCAAUCGUAUCUUGCUCAACUAACUUCAACAGUUGCGGAAUUGCAAGAACGCGAAAAGGCGAAGGCUGACCUGAAACAGUGGAUUGAAUCACAAAAGUCGAUCAUUAACGACUGGAAAAACAAACCUACCAAACUAAGAACUGACGCCGCGAAACAAGAUCUGAACAACAUGAACGAGCUUCUGUUGUCCGUUGGUCAACGGAAACAACAGUUACUCACAGAUUUUCCAGAUUCCUCAGAUUUGGAAUCACUUUUAGACGAACUCGAAGCCCAGCUGAUAGAUCUAAUCGCAUUGAGGAAAAAUCAUCAAGAUUUGAUGGAAGACUAUAGAAAACAUCUUCAAGGCAUCAACGGUUGGUUCGAUAGUAUCGCGAAACAAAUAGAUGCUAUCGAUAAAGGAUCCGGUCUUAAUUGUCAACAAAAACAAGCGACCGUCAUGGAACUGAAAGCUGACUUCGACGAGAAAAGUCCUGAGAAGGUAGAUCGUGUGAAGACACUGGCAGCCACGAUCAUCAGCUUGGUCAACAAUCUCGAUUCUCAGCAGAUCGAAGAACAGAUGAGAACGUUGGAGAGGAAGUACAACGAUAUCCAGAAGAGAUUGCAGAGGAAGCUGCAGAUUCUAGAAAUGACCCAAAAAGGCAUCGACGAUACCAAGAAUGAAAUUGAGAGCGCGAGAGCUUGGGUGCAAUCUCAACUGGUCAAUCUGAGGAAACAAGAACCACUGGGUUUCGAGGUCCAUAAAACCGACGAUCGACUCAACUCACUCAAAGCUCUGCUGAAAGAAACCGAUACCAAAAAUAUCUUGAGGGACACCUUGCUCAAACGCGUGAAUAACAUGGUCAACGAAUUAGAACCAUCGGAAAAGAGUCAGCUCGAAAAUGACUUGAAGAAUCUUGGCAGUGAGCAGGAGGAACUGAUCGAAAAUAUAAGGAAAGAAAUAGACAAGACGGUUGCUGCAGCAAAUACACGUAAAAAUUUGGAAGCCGCUCUAGAUAGAGCCAAAACUUGGUUACAUGCCAAAAAUGCUGAUGUUAGGAAGCUGAGUGGAUACCUUCCCCUACAGUCAUCCGAGGUCAAGCGUGAAAUAGAUCAGCAACAAACGUACGAGACAGAAAUAAGAGUGUUUGGAUCCGGUGACUUCAACGAUCUGAUUAAGCUAGGAAAUAGCGUAUUGAAAGAAUGCAACGAAAGCGACGCAGAACGUCUUCAAGCAAUGCUCGAUGAAAUCAAGGAAGAAUACGACGGUUUAAAACAGGAAUGCGACCAGAAAAUCAGAGCACUAACGGAUCUAUAUCAAGGAAGAAAAGAAUUCGAGAACGACAUCAACAAAUGUAUCAACUGGCUGAAGGAAGCUGAUGUAGCAACCAAAUCAGAGAUUCGCACUCCAAACUUGGAGAUACUGGAAGAACAACUUUCUAAAUACUUGCGCUUAUUGGAAGAAUCAAAGGGAGUACAGUCUGACAUCGAAAAAAUAGUCGAGCAAGCUAAGGCCAUACUACCAACAAUAAGCGAAUCUGACAAGUACAGCUUGAACCAAACAUUAGACGACAUGAAGGACUGGCAUAGAAGAGUUUCUGAUCUGAUUAAAGACAGAACUGAGGCUCUGAAACAGAAUAUCCUGCAACUCAGGGAUGCCAAGAACAAAAUUGAGGAAAGUAUCCAAUUCAUCAACGAUAUACAGGCGCAGUUGAAAGAUCUGAACAAACCGAUUGGGUCUAAGGUGGAGGACGUUAAGGGCGUAUUGUCCAUUUACGAGAACAUUCUGAAGGAUCUAAAAGCGAAUAAGGAAAAACUAAACAACGUUCCCGGUAGUGACGACCUACAGAAUGUCUUGAAUACCCAAGACGAACUCAUCAAAUCCAUCGAGGAUCAGAUUUCUAGGUUGCGUCAAUUGUUGUUAUUACGCGAACAGUUCAUAGCGCUCAUCACAGAAAUUACCACUUUUAUCACCAAAUACACGGAGAUAAUCAGAGAUAUCGAGAAAACUGGUGGUACUGCCGAGGAGAGGAUCAAGAAAUACGACGAUGUCAUCGGUCAUAUACAAGAAUGCGAGGCAGUCCUUGCUUCCGCCUACGACAAAGGACAACAAAUUGCUGCCGAUUGCAGUGUCCAAGAUCAGAACAGUAUAACGGAACAGUUGCAGUCGUUGAAGAACUCUCUGUUGAACUUAAGGCGUGCAGUCGAGAAACAGAGGCAACAGCAUGAGAACACAGCGGCCGAGCACAAGAAACUUGCAGUUACACUAGGAAAUAUUUUGGACUAUUUGCACAGCAAAGAGGCCAAAGCCAAGUCCAGGCCACUCCUCAAACGAAGCAUCAGCAGCGUGGAGACUGAAAUAGCAGAGCAUGAAAAAUUCGCGGAAGAUAUCUUGAGUUACCUAGAAAAAAUCCGCGCCAUAGAACAGUCUACGAGAAACGAUGACAGCAUGCCUAGUUCCCUUCUUGAGCAAUUGUCUGAAGCCAGUUCCUUGUUGAAUUCUCUGCCGAAGGAGCUGAAAGAAAGAGAAAGUUAUUUGAUCACUAACAAAGAAAUGAGAGAGAGAUACGAAGCGUUGAAGCAAAAAUUCUUCCAAUGGAUAAAAGAGGCAGAAAUCAGGCUGGAAUCUUACAAGGACGGUGUCGAUUUCGAAAACAUCCUCACUGACCUGGAGGAACAUAAGAUUUUCUUCAGCACUGAAGCUAGCAUGAGAGAGCUGAUCUCGGUGAAUAUACAGAAGGCGGCCGAUGAUAUAUGGCCGAGUCUCACAACCGGCGAGCAAGAAGAGCUCAGCAGGGAACAGCAGAACCUGACCCAAACGUUGAAGAACACCCUUAAUUCGGCCAAGAGUCAGAAGGCUAAGUUGGAGCAGAGUGCUGAUAUGUGGAAGCAGUAUUGUCAAGCUAUGGACAAGGUGAAAUCGGUGAUUGGAAGAAGCAGGUUUGUGGACGAGCCUGUCUCAACUUUGGCUGGUUUGCAUUUCAAUGUCCAGAAGAUUUCGCAUGCUCUCAACGAUAUUCAGAAUCAGCAAAUCGAGCUCGAUCUACUCCUACAGUCAGCCAAAGAGAUCUCCCAGCAGGCGGACGAACGCAACAGGAAAAACAUCGAAGAGCAGGGCGAUAAGGUGUCCAACGAAUGGACCUCCUUGGUAUCGGACCUGGAGAAUAGGAGGGAGACCCUCACGUCCCUGGCACAGGUCUGGGAGACCUUCGAAGGUCGCUGGCAGAAUUUCGAGAGCUUACUGACCGGAAUCGAAGAGAGAUCUAAACACGUGGAGACUGUGGUCAGGAACAGGGACCAUGUGAUUGCAACGAAAAAACUCAUUGAGGAACUGCAAUCGGAAGCAGUAUCACUGGAAAGUUACAGAGACGAAACUGAGGAACUAUCCAGAAACAUAAUCGUAUUUUUGAACGGAGUAUCGAGGACUUCGUCGAACGUUCUUGCAGAAAAAUUGGCUCAUCUGAAUCAGAAUUACGAAGGGCUCAAGGAAGGCUUAUCUAACAGAAAGACGCAAAUCGAAGAAGAUCUAUCAAGGAUCAACCAGAUCUUAUCCCAAAUAUCCGAACAAAAAGAGAAGUUGAACGAAUUACGAGAAGAAGCCGACGGCUUUUACGUCUUCGAUCAAGACAUCCAGAAAACUGAGGAAGCUUUGGUGGAUCUGGGAAGACGCGUCGACGCCGAAAUUCGAAACAGCAAGAACUUGACCGAAAGCGUAACGAAACAAUACGAAGCUCAAGGCUUGAUCCCAUCGGACGUUGCUCAAGAACUGAAUCAGUUGGAGUUAUCCGGGGAAACAGUCCUGAAUAUUAUGGAAGAGAAGAACAGGGAGUUCAAGAAAGCGCGGACCGUAAGAACGGAUUAUAUAAGCGAUGUGGAUGUGGUGCAAUCAUGGAUAAAAGAAGCGGAGAUCAAGAUACAGGAUAGGAGCAUUGAACCGCAGAUCCUACACGAACAUCUCCAGAAGAUCCAAUCCGAGAUUUCGGGAAUAAGUGAUCGCUUGGACAAGUUGACCAAAAACGGAAAGAUCAUCGCGGAAAAGACCGCAGACGAGAAAGAGAGACAGUUGAUCCUGUCCACCAUUGCCGAUCUGACUGAUCAGCUGCAAAGGGUCAAAUCUUGGCUUGGUGAGAAACGACAGCAGAUCGGGGAAACUCUGGACGCUUGGCAGAGAUUCUUGGCCCUCUACAAGGCUGUUAUGUCUUGGGUGGAAGAGAAAAAGGUCUUCCUUCAAGAACCGUUAUAUAUCAGUACCCUUCAGGAAGCCAAACAGAAAUUACACGACUACAAUAACGCCGUUAAGGGAUGCAAAGUUGUCUCCAAGAACCUCAGCGAUAUGGUCAAGGAACUGGAGACUAUAGGAACCCACACGAGCGUUGGAGAUUUGCCCAAGAAAAUGGAAGAAGCAGAGGACGCCAAAACAGAAGCCGAAGCUCUCAUUCUGGAAAGAAACGGACUCCUACAAGAAACCUCAGAAGAGUGGGAACAAUGUGAGAAGAAAAUGAAGGAUGUGAGGAACUGGGUUGAAAAGACCAAAGCAUCGUUGGAAUCUCCCCAAAAUAAAAAGAAGGCUUUGAGAGAUCAACACGCCUUGAGGGAAAAGAUGCUCGCUGAUAUCCAUACCCAGAAGACAAAAAUAGGGUUAUCAGUAAAAAAACUUCAGCUUCACUUCAGCGCCGGUAUCAGUGGAGACGCAAAGGUGACUGAAUCAGCUCAAGAAUUGCUCAAAGAACUCGACGAUCUAGAGGAGAAUAUCAAAGAGGAAACGCUCAAGCUGGAAACCGCUAUCUCUCAGGUCGACCAGUACCAACUGGAGGUCCAGCAACUACGUCAGCAGAUGGUGCAAGUAGAGCAGCAGCUUAGGUCAGCAAUGGCCCCUGUACAUCUAGCUGAUGACAGAGACCAGGCUCUCAAAGAACAACAGGCGUCAGGGAUAAGGCGGAUGAACGAACUGACUACCGCCAUACAAGAAUUGGAUCCAUACAACAAUGACGGAUCUACAGCUGGUCCGAUGGUCCUUCUGGAUCUCAGCUAUGCGGACAUCGCAGCUGGACGCUCAAAAUCCAAGGAGAGAACCAUCUCAGCGCGCAGCGAGAGGACCGAUUACGACGAUCUACCAAAAUCCCAUACAACGACAAUUUCUAAACCGUCGAAUGCCUCGAGAGACGCUGACGAAUCUAGCUACACGUCCCAAGUCAACCCACCCAAAAUAAUGGUAGAUUCGUUUGAUAUUAAAGAAUCCAAACCACUAUACUCCAAACAGAAAGCAACCAAUGCGAUAGAAGAAACACAAAAGAGCCCACGUAAAAGUAGAUCCCCCAAACGCAAGGAAGUCACUGAGAGAGUCGUCAAACACGCCGAUGAAGCUUCGAUUCAGGAGGGCGACGAAUCUACUGAACGAGGCAGUAUGCUCGCGCCUAUCAAGGAGAAGAGAUUCAGGUCUUCCAGUCCAAUGUGGACUCCAGGUUCAGUUCCUUACGCUGAAGUUUUGAAGGGACAUCAUACGUCAGAACUAACUAAAACUCAAAAUCCUAUUCCUGAAACUCAGGCUCCUCCGGUAGUAGAGGCCACUGAGACUACGCAAACAGCGAACACCUCCGGUGCAUCUUCUCAAUCUGUAGCCCCUACGGCACCACCAAUACCUCAAGAAGUGAGCUAUACAAUACAGGACGUUUGGAAUAGAUACACUUUGGUCAACACAUAUACAGACAAUCAAAUGAUGCAAAUGUCCAGCAGUAGCGUUCCUUAUUACAACACUAUUCCAGGAACAACAUAUUAUAAUUACAUCCCCGUGCCAGAAGCUAUUGGAUUCAUAGCGUCAGGCCAACAACUCAUCAAUUCUGGUCUUGGUACUUACCACACCUCACAACAAUAUGAACCACCAACGCCCUAUGAUAACACACCCACUUCAACAAUAAUAGAAGAGCAAACAGUUGAGAAAACUGAGACUCCUCCUGAUACAAUCGCUGCUCCACCGCAAGAAAAGAACGAAGCUGUCGCAAUACAGUCAGACACAAACACGAGUAAAGUCAUCUCUUAUGCUAGCAUUCUUUCCCAAGGCCUCGAGAAAACUUUCCAGCCAUCCAGCACGAAUCCUAAAUCAAUGCCAACGAAAGAAAUGUCUCCAAAGCCUGGACACAGUACCAGGUCUAUGGAUGAUGACGUAUUCCAAACAAAUUUGAAACCAAAGACUUCACGUCAAGAGGAAGACAACCGCUAUGUUGAUUAUAAACAACAUGGAGCAGGUAGAUGGUCAAAACGAAUCAAACACAACGAAAAAUCAACGAAAGAAAGAAUCGAAAAAAGUCAUAUUCCUCAAGACGAAGACUUUAGUGAUAUAGAUAUAAGAAAUCCUCAAGAUACUCAUAAAAAUCGAAAAACUGAAAAUACAAAACAACGUGAUUCAUCGAAAAUUAUAUAUUCAAUGGAAGCAGAAACUCAAAACAAGAAUAUUCUUGAAACCAAACUCGAACAAACUAUCAAAACAGAAGAAUAUAAAGUAGAAACAGAGAUCACUCGGAAAACAGACAUUGAUAGUAGUACAGUUAAUGAUCGAAACGAUGAGAAUACUAAGAAAACUAAACAAACCAAGAACAAGAAAUCAAAGAAAAUUAAGAACUUGGAGGUUAUCGACAAAAACAAAGACCACAAAAGUGGAACUGAAAAUAUAACAGAACUUCAAUCCAAACGAGUAAAUCAGGAGAUUCUAAGUACCACAAAUACAUUUAUUUCAAACGAAAUUGCUGAUGUAAUCGAUAAGAUGCAACUUCCUGAAGAACAGCAAAAGACUGAUACAAAAAAGAAGAAAACGAAGAAAAGUAAAGCAAAACCUGAUAUCAAUCAUGAUGAAUCAGGGGAAAAACAAACAGAAUUGAAAACGAAAGAAGAAAGUAAAGACCAAGAUUUAUCGAAAACAAAACAAAUGGAUAAUCGGGAGAAUCCACAAGAUAAAUCUGAAAAAAUUAAAUCCGAAAAAUCUAAGAAAAAGAAGAACAAAAAUUCCGAGAAACUCAACGAAUCGCCCAAAACACACGAUGGAGCAAAAACCGAAGAGCAACAUAAAAUCGAAGAAUUCAUUAAAACUGAAUCUCAAGGAAUUCAAGAGGUAUCGGAUACCGCUAUCUUGUCCGUUACAGAUAUAGAAAAAACAGAAGAAUUCAUCGGUAAUGAAAAGCAAACUAUCUCAGAAUCAAUACCAACAGAGAAUGAUGAAAUGCCCAUCAAAAAAAAGAAAAAAUCUAAGAAGUCGAAAAAAUCAAACAAGGAUGAUACCACUGAACAAGGACUGCUAGGAAGUGCAGUUGAAACUGAAAAAUCAGAGAACAGUCAUUCACAGCAAAUUUCCUCAAUAGCAAUCGAAGGCGAAGUUAUUGCUGUCACAGAAAUAACGACAACUCAUGCUGAUAUGUUAACUGAUAGCACAAAUCAGUCAGACAUCAGUAAUUCCAAAGAAAAAACUCCAGAAAAAUGUGAAGAACUUAUAGACGAACAGCUUCCAGAGAAAGCAACUGAAAUUCCUGAGAAAAGUCAUAAAAAGAGUAAGCCGAAAAACAAAAUAACUGAAGAAAAUCUUGGUUCCCGAAAAAUAUCUGAGGAAAAAAUUGAUAAACAAACAGAUGAAGUGAUUGAAAAAACGUUUAUUAGUGAAGAAGUGAGUACCGUUAAGAAGUCGAAAAAAUCAAAGAAAUCAAAGAAAACUCUCACUGGUUCUGAAAACAGUCCUGAUGAAACUAAAACUGAGGGAGUUGAAGAAAAACUCGUAAAUCCUACAGUAAGAACUCUAGAAAAUAAAGAGAAAACUAAUCCUCUUCCACUGUCCGAAACAGAUAAAAGGAAGGAAAGUGAAACAGAAAAUAUUGUGGAAGAAUCGCCAACAGUAAAAACAGAGGAAGCCUCUAUAAGUAAGAAAACUAAGAAAUCCAAAAAGAAUACUAAAAACCAAUUGCAGGUUGUUAAUUCUGAAGUUGAAAUUAAGCAACAGUCACUGUCGACUGUCGAUGUAAGUGAAACGGAUGAGAAACAGAAAAAUGAAAAUGUUACGAACGAACAAUCCAUCGUUUCUAAAAAGAGCAAAUCGAAAAAAUCGAAAAACAAAAAUGUUGUGAGUGAUUCUCGUGAAAAGACAGACGAUAAUAUAGUCAAUAACCUUGAAAAUGAAAUGAAACAAACUCAUAUUACCGACGAAUUAAGUGUGAAUAAUGAAACUACAGUACAAUCGGUAACAACGUCUGAAAGUUCAAUACUUACUGAAGUUAUUGAGCACAAAAAAGACGAAGCGAUAACGAAAAAGAAAAAGAAGGACAAAAAGAAAAAGGAUCAUCAAGCGUCGAAAAGUUCUGAAACAGGAGUAACUGAAUAUAACAUAGAUGCAAUCGAAGAACAUCAGAAAAAGGCUUCCGAAAAGAACAAACAAGAAAAUGUUCAAAUGAAAGAGAAUUCCGCGAAGGAACCGGCCAUCAAGGAUGGUAAAAUAGAAACAGAUUCACAGAAAGAGAUCAUAGCGAAGACAGAAACACAAAUCAUUCCGGGUAAAUUACAGGAUGGGAUAACUAAAGUUACUCUCAUUACUCACGAAGAGAUCAGAACCAAACCUAUCAUAGCUCUGAAAAUGAGAGUUCCCUCAGAAAACCAGGCAUCCAAAGAUAAAAACGCUGACGCGUUUCUGAUUAAACCCGAAGAUGUCGAGCAAGCUAUAUUUGGUUCCGUCAAAGAACGCCCUCAAAAGAAAUCUCAAACGAUAUUGAUAACAUCACAGGAUCAAAACAGCAGGCAAAUCGAAGGGGGACAAAUCUUCGAGGUUGAUUCCACUUCUACCAGCGAACCAGCAGAAACAAUAGUUAGGGCUGAUUCUAUCGUAGAACAAGAAGUUUCCGAUGUUAAUGACAUAUUGAAUCUCUUGAAAGACCGAAAUCACAAACACCAAACAUAUGUAGUGAGCUACAGUCAAGAUGAUGAAAGUGGAAAAGCCUUAGCCAAAGCAGAAGACUCCGAGAUUUUCCGAUCCACCGUUGUUGAGAGGAAAACUAGGGUGGAAACAAGAAGAACAGUAACCACAACAUCGUCAUCUUCAGUAAACAUCAGUUCACAAGUUAUGUAUCAAAAUGAUCCGGAAUCAAUGAGCACAGCAGAAUAUUCUUCUGUUCAGUGUGAAAGUGAAAAUAUAAAAACUGGAAUCUGCAGUUCAAGUUCAGAAAGGAAUGACGUGGAAAUCAAAAAACGAACAAUGUAUGCUGGUGUUCCGGAUGAUAUCACGAAUAACCUUCUUGAUAUUCUUGACGACCCCAUCGAAAAGUCAAACGAGAGGGAAUUAGAAAAAAUGACCUCUCCUCCUAAGAGAGAUUACGCUGGAAUACCUAUAGAUGAGUCCAGUAACAUUCUCGAUCUAUUAGAUGAACCAAUUCAUAUAUCGGAUGAAGAGGAAGAAAUAGCAGCUACUGAUGAGAGUAUUUCACAAGAAACUUCAGUAUUAUCAGUUGACAAAAAAGAAGAAAUUCAACAGCCAAAAUCUGUGGAUGAAGUCAUUUCUCGUCCUAGAAAAGAUUAUGCAGGACUGCCUAUAGAUGAGUCAAGCAACAUCCUCGACCUAUUGGAUGAGCCAAUUCAGAUACCGGACGAAGAAGAGGAAUUAAUUGAAACUGAUCAGAAAAUUCAACAUUUGUCAACAGAAUGUAAGGAUGAAAUGAUUCCUCUGCCGAAAAAAGAUACUGCCCCAUUGACCACAGGUUCAGCUGGUAGCAUUCUUCAGAGUUCGCAUGAAGGGGAAAAUAUUGAAAACAUCAAACAGCAAUCACCAGAAGCUUUAGAUAAAGUCAAGUCACCAACCAAAAAAGAUUAUGCUGGGUUACCUAUAGAUAAAUCUAUCGAUAUUCUUGAUUUAUUGGAUGAAACAAUUCAGAUAUCAGAUGAAGAGGAAGAAAUAAAGCAUUCUGAUGAGAAAGUUCAAGAGGUGUCAUCAGAAUCUGUGGAUAAGUUGACUCCACAAUCUAAUAAAGAUUAUGCAGGAUUGCCUAUAGAUGAGUCUAUCAAUAUUCUUGAUGUGCUAGAUGAGCCAAUUCAGAUAUCGGAUGAAGAAGAAAAAAUAGGUGAAACUGAUGGAAAAAUGCUACAGCAAUCAUCAGAAUCUGUAGAUAAAAUAAUUUCUCCACCCAAAAAAGACUAUGCUGGGUUACCUAUAGAUACAUCUAUCGAUAUUCUUGAUUUAUUGGAUGAAACAAUUCAGAUAUCUGAUGAAGAGGAGGAAAUAAAACAUACUGAUGAAAAAGUUCAAGAGGUGUCAUCAGAAUCUGUGAAUAAGUUGACUCCACAAUCCAAUAAAGAUUAUGCUGGAUUGCCUAUAGAUGAGUCUAUCAAUAUUCUUGAUGUUCUAGAUGAGCCAAUUCAGAUAUCGGAUGAAGAAGAGAAAAUGACUGAAAGUGUUGAUAAAAUCCAACAGCGAUCAUCAGAAUCUGUAGAUAAAAUAAUUGCCCCACCCAAAAAAGACUAUGCUGGGUUACCCAUAGAUAAAUCUAUCGAUAUUCUCGAUUUAUUGGAAGAAACAAUUCAGAUAUCAGAUGAAGAGGAAGAAAUAAAACAUACUGAUGAAAACGUUCAAGAGGUGUCAUCAGAAUCUGUGAAUAAGUUGACUCCACAAUCCAAUAAAGAUUAUGCUGGAUUGCCUAUAGAUGAGUCUAUCAAUAUUCUUGAUGUUCUAGAUGAGCCAAUUCAGAUAUCGGAUAAAGAAGAGAAAAUGACUGAAAGUGUUGAUAAAAUCCAACAGCGAUCAUCAGAAUCUGUAGAUAAAAUAAUUUCUCCACCCAAAAAAGACUAUGCUGGGUUACCCAUAGAUGAAUCUAUCGAUAUUCUCGAUUUAUUGGAUGAAACAAUUCAGAUAUCAGAUGAAGAGGAAGAAAUAAAACAUACUGAUGAAAAAGUUCCAGAGGUGUCAUCAGAAUUUGUGGAUAAGUUGAGUCCACAAUCUAAUAAAGAUUAUGCUGGAUUACCUAUAGAUGAGUCUAUCAAUAUUCUUGAUGUGCUGGAUGAGCCAAUUCAUAUAUCGGAUGAAGAAGAAAAAAUAAGUGAAACUGAUGGAAAAAUCCUACAGCAAUCAUCAGAAUCUGUAGAUAAAAUAAUUUCUCCACCCAAAAAAGACUAUGCUGGGUUACCUAUAGAUAAAUCUAUCGAUAUUCUCGAUUUAUUAGAUGAAACAAUUCAGAUAUCCGAUGAGGAGGAAGAAAUAAAGAAUACUGAUAAAAAUGUUCAUCAGCAGUCAUCAGAAUCUGCGGAUAAUGUCACUUUAACACCCAAAAAAGAUUAUGCAGGGUUACCCAUAGAUGAAUCCAGCAAUAUUCUUGAUCUAUUGGAUGAACCAAUUGAGAUAUCAGAUGAAGAGGGAGAAAAAACCCACUCUGAAAAAAACAUUCAAGGGCAGUCAUCAGAAUCUGUGGAUGAAGUAACUAAACAGUCUAUUGAAGACUAUGCUGGUUUGCCUAUGGAUGAGUCUAGCGACACUGUCGAACCAUUUGAGAUGCAGGAUGCCAUGGUUCAAAUGGUACUUGACUUGAUAGAUACUUGUCCAAACCUAAAACCAGAAGAAGGGCAACAAAUUAAAAAAGAAAUUAGGACACUUCGAUGUUCCGAAGAAGAACAAGAAACGACAGAUAUUGCUCAAACUAUUCAAAGGCAUAACACCGAAUCAGAGAAAAUAGAAGGUGAUUCGGCCACGAACCACUCAUCUCAAAACAUGGGAGCUACUUAUGCAGAAGUCGUGAAAGGUGACGAUUUUGUUCGUAUUGAAUUAAUCGAACCAGAGAAUGACAUCAAAUCAUCUGGCGAAACAACCCCUCAGUCUCCGAUAAAAUCACCAGAACUGGCUGGCACCGAUGAUGAAUUUGACAUUAUUCAGAAAGAAGAAGUCUGUCAGGAUCAUGACAAAUCAGCUGACUCGAAAUGUCAAGCUCUUGAAGUUGGCGCAUCCUGUUUGCUGCAAUCGGAACCAGAAGGACCAAGGAGGAAGCCUAAGAAAAAGAAAUCCGUAUCAUUCGGACCUGCCGAUUUCAUACCCUCGGAACCAGAAAUAAAGAACAUUGAGCCCGAAGGAAAUCUAGUUGAACAGUUCAUCGAAUCAGAAAAAUUAGAAAGUUCGAAGUCUGCGGAGAUUCCAUCUGCAGCAGCUGAAACUGGAGUAUCGAAGGAUGAAGCCAAAAAAGAGAAAAAGAAAAAAUCGAAGCAAGUAGAGGAAACCUCAAAGAAUGAGGCAACUGAAGUGAAAGGAAUACCCGGAUCUGAAGAAAUAUCUGCCAAAUCUGUAAAAACCAAAAAGAAAUCUAAAAAAUCAAAAAGGAGUUCAUCGCCCAGACAACUCGAUCCUAAUGAGGAUGUCCCUACAAAGAUUGAGAAAAGUUCAGAAGUAACAGAUGAGACGAAGAAUAUGGAUAAUUUAUCUCCUACAGAAUCAUUCGAAAUAUUGGAGCAUUCUGAAGCUAUACAGGGAAUGACAGAGGUGAAACUCGUGGAAGAAGUAGAAAUAUCGAUGAAAAAUAGAGGAGAAUUAGAAGGUGGGCGAGAAAAAUACGACUUUGAGGUUGGGUCAAAUGAGUUCAAAGAAAAAGGCGAAAGUGAAGUAGAAAGAAUAGAAAAGCGUGAUAAUGAAGGGAACAAUGAAAAUCAAUAUAAACAUUCAACAGAAAAUACUACUGAUAAAUCUACAGGCCAAACCUCCCCAAGAGAUAUUCAUUCGAAAGAAAAACACCGAGAGUGUAGCACAUACGAAGAUAUCAUCAAGUUAAUUGGUUACGAUGUGAUUGAUUUGAGAAAGUCUGAACUUGAUUGGCAUGAGAAAAAAAAUAAGGAGCCUGAAAAGAAGCAGGAAGAACAGAAGGUUGUCUGCAUUUCCCCAACAUCAUCUGAAGUAUCAAAUCAGGCGUACGUCGAAGCAGUCGAAACAAGAAUAAAGUCGGAUGAAGAAAAUCUCGAACAAGUGUAUACAGAACAAUAUAAUGAUAUAAUCAAACUUAUACAUUAUAGAUUAUCAGAGUUAUGGGAAAGUGAGAUAAAAUGGCAUAUGAAGAAGGAACAAGAAAGGAAGCAUGUCCAAGAAAAUCAACCCGAUGGAACUAGCAAACGAAAUGAAAAUGAAGUUGAAAAAGUUCCCAUCGUUGAAGAUGUGUUGGAUGACAAAAGUCCAGAGAAAACUUUCAAGGUGCCAGUCAUGAAUAUUCACACUGAGCAAUACAAGGAUCUUAUGAAAUUGGUGAACUACCAGAUACUUAAUUUGUGGCGAAAUGAAGAAGAAUGGUAUAUCACGAAAACCAAAGAGGUUCUUCAAAAAAUUGAAAAAACAGAACAUGCUCCGCUACAAGAAGUCGUCAAUGAGUCUUUUAAUGUAGAAGAGGAACGAAGUCAAAAUAUACAAAUAUCUCCAAGUAACGAAGUCCAUGAGGAUAAGACUCGAAGAUUGGAGAAUAAUCUGAUACAUACGGAAGACGAGUAUAGACAUGAAAUACCAAUUUUGAAAUUUGGAGAACAUCAUGUUCAUCCAGAGCAGUAUGGAGAUAUUGCAAAGCUGGUGCAAUAUAGAUUGCCAUUGCUAUGGAAAAGUGAAACCCAGUGGUAUGUUGAGAAGGCAAGGCAAGAUAAGAGCACUAAAAAAUUACCAGAGACAAAACAGCCAAACAUAGCUAAAGAAGAAGAGACAAUGAUGUUGAAAGAAAUUCAGGAAGAAUUGACGAGGGAUCAUGAAGACCUCAUUCGUCUUGAACGUUACGGGGACUUGAUAAAACUGGUUCAAUAUAGAGCUCUUGGUUUAUACGAUGCUGAGAUUCGGUGGCAUACUCUUAGGCAUUCAAUGGAAAGAAAAAAGAAUGUUAGUGAAACGGCUGAAAGCGCAAAAUCGUCGAGUAGUUCAACAUCAGAAACUCAAGAACAUCAUGUCGUAAUUCCUGGCGAAGCAGUAAUAGUCCUCGAAACAUUCAUAAACGAAGCGGAGAAAAAACUGAUAUCAACUCAUCCAGAGGUGAGAGAGUCAAUAAUUCCAUCUAAAGAAUUCCUGGAGAAAGAGAAGGUAGAAUCUCAACGAGUUAAGGAGAAUAUUUCGACGAUGUUGCAAUUAACAGACAAACAUGAUGUGCCUCAACCACAAUCGGUACUGUUUAAAGAGGACUCUGAAAAAUUCAUAGAAACUGAACAAAUUCAAGGCAAUCAAGACUCAGAAAUAAAAAAUGUGGAAAUAGUUGAGAGAAAUAUCAAACUUGAUUCAUCUGAUGAUGUCGAAAUAUCGGAAAAGGGUGAAUCUGAAGAACAAAUUGAGGAGCACAUGCAAUUCAGUGAAGACAGUGCGGAAUUACAGAGAAACGAUAACUCUGUAGAAGAUGAUGCAAAAGUUACAAACAUAGAAGUCCAAAAAAUUUCCCUACGGCCUUCAGCAUCGGUUGAGGAAAUAGAGAAAACAAUAGAACAAUCGCAAACAUCGGAUAAUGUAAUGAUAGAAGCGGAAAAUAUUGAAGAUGUUGUUGUAGAUACUGAUUCAAGUCCAGCUGUAAUAAUGGAGAAGGAAGGAGAAAUCAACACUCUUACAAAUAUCGAUCGAGAAAGCAUCUCAACAUUGAAUGAAUCACAAAAAACUGAAGAAGAAAAAAACGUUGAAGAGAGCUUACUAGAUCCUUCAGUCGUAGCUGAAUCAUCUCAGGCAUUAUUGGAAAAUGAAGUUGAUGAAAAUAAGGAGGCAAUUACUAUAGAAAUUGAAACAAAUGAAACAAAUAAAUCUCUCCUGAUCAAUUAUAGAGAGGAAACUGCGAUCCAGAAAGAUGAGAUUCCGAAAGAUAUCAAAAAUUUGAAUGAAAUAGAUUAUCAUGCUCAUGAGGAAGAUGGGGAAAUAUCAAUCGAAGAAACAAACACUGUGGAGACUACAGAUUUUUAUGAACCACAACCUUCGAUUGUAGAUUCCUCCGAAACAAAAUAUGAUGAAUUCAUAUCUAACCUAAAUCCGAACGCAGCGGAAUUCGUUCCUGGCCUCAGAAAGAAUGAACCAUCAGGCCAACUCUCAACUGAUUGUCCAGAACCAUGCAGUCAAGGUGUAAAAUCAAGCUGGUCAGAAGGAAGUGGCUAUUUCGCUUACGAGGAUCGUACAACUCACGCUUGGAUUGAUCAAAUCCUCAGUGAGUCAGAAAAUAUAACAACUUAUAAAACAACAGAACAGCAGUUGGAGGACCCUGAGCAAAUCUCUCCUACGUCAGAUACUAAAUACAAUUUGUUGGAAGAUCAAAAUGAAGAAGAUUCAGUUGUGAUUGAAGAAUCUGAAGCCAUCAGUCCGGUUAUCAUCAAUUCGGAGGAAGAGGCAAAAACAGUGACUUCAGGAGGGAACCAGCUGAACAUAGAUCAAGAAACUUCUAAUUCCAUUGUGGAAGAGAAUAAUGUAGUCGUAAAUGUGGAACCCGAUGAGAAUGAACAGGAAGGUAAAACUGAGAAAUUAAAGAAGAAAAAGAAGAAGAAAUCGAAGAAAUCUGAUUCCCACAAAGAAACUCUGCCAAUAAUGGAAACAAAUUCGCAAAUUGAUGACCAAAGUUCAACAUCACUAGAACAUAAAAUAAUUACUGAAAACAAGAACGCUCCUGAAGUUUCCACCGGUUUUUCCUGGGCUAACAUAGUGAAGGGUAAUAAGAAGACUGAUUCUUCGUCUUUGUUGCAAUCAGAAACACAAACUAUCCAAGUUGUGAAGGAAAUAAAAGUGAAUGAAGAUGAAGUUGCAGCCACCACUUUCAUUUUGAGCGAAAAACAGGACACUGAAAAAAAUACACAAGAGAUGGAAAAAACUUCCAGCCCAGAAGUAUCACCUUCAAAGAAAAAACAAUCGAAAGAUAAAAAGAGGAAGAAAACUAAAGAAUCUGUCGAUUCAGAUACUCCUAGAAACGUUGAAGACAAAGAUGAGAACGAUAGACAAUUCGACGUCCAUACCCCAGGAGAAUCGAAGAUAUCAACGCUGACUGACAAGUUUGACAGUGAAAAUGACAACCCAGAAAUUAAAGUGAAUGAAAUUUGUCAGAGUUCUAUUCAAAAAGAAAAUGUACUGCAGGAAUCUUUGAGACACCCUGGUAAAACUUAUGCUGAAGUGAUUGCAUCGGCUACACGAGAAGAUUCAAACCAAACAACUAUUUGUCCCGAUAAAGUGCCCAGUAAAUAUAUAAACCAGGCUAAUAUUCCGGUACCUCAAGUCCAAAUUACAGUAACUGAGAGCGAAGAACAAUCCCCCACUUUGCAAGACGAUAUCGAAGGUUUCAUAGAAGUAAAGAGUCGGAGAAGUCGCUCCCGGUCUUCAUCGAACAUUAAAGAUAGGAAAGAAAAGUCAAAAUCGCCAUCAAGCAGGGAGAAUAUGGGCAAAAGGAAGCCAAGAAAGCGUACCAAAGAUGAAACUGGAUCAAAUGGCUCUGUACAAUCAGUUAAACAUUACAAAGGAUGCGCCUCCCCAUCACCUUCAGUGAACAGUUCUUGUUAUGGGGAUUCUCGACCAGUGUCUGCUAUGUCUGUUGAUAAUUAUACAUCUGAACCUGUGCUUGAUAAGUUGGAAGAUACGAAUGUUGAGGUACAAGAACCGACACAAGCUGCUCCAGAGGCCAGAACAACCAAGAAAAAAUCUAAGCAUAAGAAGAAGCCUUCCAUCGAGACCGAUAAACAGGAAGUUUCCCCUCCUACAGAAGGCGAGGUGAAGACAGAAAGUAGUCAUUCGCUAGCUUCAUCCGCAAAUCAAGAAAUAACAGGUGAUUCGGAAGUAACUCCUAUUACACCUGAGGUUCAUCUAGAAAAAUCCGAUGAGAGUAAGCUGAACAUCUUGCUCGGUUCCCAAAACUCUAGCAUCGUCAGCACGGAAAUAAGGCUGGAACCUGAGCAUCAUCGCGAGUUCAGAGUGCAAAACACAAUCUCAGAACAAAUACCACAAAUAAUCCCAGAACUCAUCAAUCAAGUUUGUGAAGAAAUUGAUAGAAGUGAAGGCGAAAUCGAAGAAACAAGAGAGAUUUCUGAGUGCGUCGCAGUAGAGACAGAAACACUAUUAGUGUCCAAAGAAGAAAAAGAAGAAUCGAGUGAAUCUUUCUUGGUCUCACUAGAAAAUCUCAAGCGUGAAACUGAACAACCUGAGUUUAACAUCGAAGAUCAUCAGGUACAAUUGGAAAAUGUCGAAAGGGAUGUGGAUGUUCCUACAGAUGCUGAAAGUAUAUCUUUGUUGGUCGAUCAACCUCCUGAAUCUGUGGCUUCCGAGGAGAAAAUAGCAACACCAACCAAGAAGUCUCGUAAACAGAAAUCAAAGAAAUCGAAGAGUGAAGAAGGGCUUCAUAAAGAACCACUCGUGAAAACGAGAGAUUCAUCCACGUCUUUGAAUAGCGAAGAUACAAAUAGAAAAGAUUUACCUCAGACCAUCCCCACUGAACCUUCUUCAAUACUUGAUCAAGAAAAGGAAAAGAGUCCAUCUGGAUCUGUGAGUGCCCAAGAAAGCAAAUCGGAAAUUCUAGAACCUCAACAGGUAGACGACUCUGACCAAGAGCCGUUGAGCGAGAAGUCGGUCAGGAGCAAAUCGUCGGGUAUAGAAGUAUCGAUGACUUACAGCAUAGACCUCACACCGAGAACCGAGGAAUCGGCACUUAGACAAGCUGGUGACACACUUAACGUCACGGAAAAUACCAGCCUCCAGGUCGAUUCUCUAAGAACGGAAGGGAACAUCGAAGAUCACAUUCCGAAUUCCAUCGACGAGAUCGAAAAUAACGAGUUGGACAUGAACGUGAGCGAGAACUACACCGAUACUAACCGAAACUUGACCGAUAUCGAAUCGGAUCUACUCCACAUGACAGACUCCGAGUAUCAACUUCCCGAAGACAAAGAAUCGGAAUUAAAAUCGGAAUCUUUAGUGGAGUUGAAGAGUUUCGUUGAGCUGAUCGAAGCUAAGAAACCAGACUUGUCCACCGAAAACGAGGAUAAAGAAGAUAAAAGUGUCACAGAAACCGAAAGGUCAGCAAUAAUUACCACAAGUGUUGAACAAACAAUGUCUGUAGAUUCCCUUGAGUUGAAAUCUGAUGAUUACAAACAAGAUGAGGCCAAUGUAGGUGGAAGUGUCAAUUUCACGACGAGUGACGAAAUUUCUGCUCCUAAAACACCAAGUAGUAAUGAAGAAGACAACAAUGAGCAAGUUAGUCGAAGCAACGAAGGGGCUUAUUUCAAAUCCGAAGAAUACUACUCGGCUUCUGAAAAAUCAUCGUCGGAGUCUACCACAAGUUCCGAAAACCAAGAAACCGAAACAGUCAAAAAGGUCCUGUUUGCGAAACUACCCGAAGAAAUGUUCAAUGAGUACAUCGUUGAAUAUCAAGUUUCUUCUGAUUACCAUCCACAACUACUCGACCAGAAGACUAUUGACAAACAAGACGACAGCACCAAAACGACAUCGGAAAAAGACAACUACAGCGAUGCUCUAGAUUCGUUAGACUCCGAUCAUACUCCAGUGGAAUCAGAUACGAAACUGGGAGGUGAGGAGGGUGUAGAUUACAUCCAGAUGAACCCCGUCAUUUUGUCGGACAGUGUAAUAGAUCAGAUCAAGUCGCAUUCUGUAACCCAUCAAGUUGAAUCUUCCGAAAGGGUUGUGUCACAACGGAAGAAAGGAAAGAUAAGUAUGGUGGGAGAUUUGAACGUGGAUUCCACCGAAGACAUAUCCCUCGAUGCGGACAAGAGUGAUGUGUUGGAAACUGAAGAAGCGGCGAGUGAAACGGUGGAAAGUGGACCUGUUGAACCUGUGUUAUCGGAGAUCUUGCCUGAGGAUUUGGAGGAAGAUACUCUUGAGAAACCUUCGGUUGAGGCUAAGAAGAAAGAGAAGAAGGGAAUUUGCGCAAAGAUCAUUCAGUCCAUAACUGGUAAAACCAAGGAAAAAACUCCACCAUCUGAAACGGAGCAAUCAACACCAGCUAGUGAUAAACCGGAAAAAAAGGAUAAGAAGAAGAAGAAGAACAAGUCCAAAAAGAAUAAGACAGGGGACAAAGAAGAACAACCUCAACCCUCUGUUGGUGGUGAAGAUCGGAACGGUAGCGCUCAAAGGGAAGAUGUAAACUCUAGAUUUUUAGAGAACGAAAUUAAUCAUUCGUCAUAUCAACAACAAUCUUCCGCGUCCGAGAAUAAUGCGGAGAAGAAAACUUUCUUCAGGAGCAUUUUCGGAGUGAGCAAACCGAGAAAAUGCUCGAUCACUUCGCAAGAAUCUUUGGAGAGGACAGAAACGGAUAAUUCGAGUACGACAGAAGAUCAGUCUUCCAAAUCGAUCACCUUGAAGAGCAAUUCGGAGAGCAAGGUGCCCGAUAAAACGCCGUCGAAAUCGAAGAAGAGGAAAUCGGAAGAUAAAAGCGCUGAAAAGAGCAAAUCGGGCGUUAUCAGCAAUCUCAUGUCGAAGAUUUCGGGCGUUAUCACACAGAAGAAGGACAAGAGCGAAUGCACUUGCUCAGAAGCUGAGGUGAGGCUCAGGGACCUAGCCCUGAACCUGUCUCACGAUGGGCCCUUCUGGCUAUCGAAGAGCGUUUACGACGAAGCUGAAAAUAGUUUCCACGUAGACUUGGCCAGGAAAAGCAAGAAAAACGCGGCAGGCGACGCCUUGACCAAAACGUACGAUAAUAAUCCGGAUAACGGAGAUGAUGGUUCUUCCAGAGGUGGAUCGCCUGACCAUUCCCAGCACCAACAGAACCGAACCAACUUGGACGAAAACGGCUGCAAAUUGUACUCGUUACCUGGGAGGUUAGCCGGGUGGAAAGACGAAAGCACCUAUCUGAGCCCAGAGCCUCUAACCCCCGAAGAAUCCCAAUCUGUAACUUCCGCGAAAACGACUGACGCGACUGACAUAACGUAUACCGACUCCGUUCCCGAUCCUCUUCCUACUUUAGGGCCCAAAGAGCAGCCAUCACAGCCACUAGCCAUAAGCACCAGUCCGAAAUGUUAUCAGCAAAAGAAGGUGAUUGUAAAUGUGGUGUGUUGGGGUUAUAUUUAACAUGCAUGCCUAAUCCGAACUGUUUUAUAUAGAUAUGCUUGACUAUUGUGAUAUAUUCGGCUGUUUUCAUUUGAUCUGUGUUGUCAAUAAAAGUUGGUACUAACACUGUA